AUGAUUGCAAGUGUUCGAGUACGCCAACUGGUCGCCUUUUUGUCUGGAUUUCUGCUUUUUCUAGCCAUAAAUAGGAUUAUAUUAUAUACGCAUUCGUCAGCCUCUCAAGCUCGUUUUGAUCAAAUCACACCCAAGCUAGGCGAAGGAGAUGCGGUUCUUGCUGAAGAAACACGGAAGAAAAUCCGACUAUUCACCUUCAUUUUGACAAACUCUAAGAACGCAGCUAAAAAAGCUCCCUAUAUCAAAUCCACAUGGACUCGUCGUGUCGAACGCUUCCUCUUUCUGAGCAACGAGGAUAAUUCAAGCUUACCAGCCAUCAAAACCGUUGUCGAGGAUAACAAAGAGACGCACUUUCAAAAAGUUAUCACCGGCCUGCUCUUUGCUUACCGGCAGAAUCUUGCCUACUUCGACUACUAUAUAAAGGCGGAGGAUGAUACCUACGUCAUUCCGGAAAAUCUCCGGUUUCUACUGCGUGCUUUUGACCCUGAUGAUCUGAUCAUGAUGGGACAUGUGUUUCAGCCCAAUUAUACCCAAACGGACAAGUCUGAUCGUGCUGCUUAUGUCCUUUCACGAGGCGCUCUGCUAGCCGUUGCCGCAGGAGCUAGUAAGAAUUUAUCAGACUGUCGGGGCUCCACACUUCCCGAACACGUAGCAAUGGCCGUCGCCUGCCUCUACGAUCUUGAACCCUUUGCAGUUAAACACAUGACCCAUUUGGAAGGCAUGGACUGCAGUCUGCGACCUAAGACAGCCAUCUUUUCCAGCUGUCUCCUGCACAACCGAAUUGCAAUCGUCAUGUGCGUGAUUCUUAUACCGAGUGACGUAAGGAAUCCCGUCAAGGUUUCGGCAGCCGUGCGACUUCCCCAAAAAAAGACUCGGGAGUGUGAACGGAUAUUGGUUGGUCUUGAAAAGCUGCCAGAGGUGGUUGAUUUCAUCUUCCUUGGCCGCUGUUCCGCUGCAGUGACUUUCCCAUCGUCGAUAGAGCAUGUAUACGCCGAUUUACCUGUUUCAUGA